AUGGUUGACUUCGCCGGUUUUCUACUGCCGGUGCAAUACUCCGACAUGAGCGUUUCAUCAUCGCAUCUGUUCACCAGAAGCAGUGCCUCCAUAUUCGACGUCUCACAUAUGCUGCAGACAAAUGUUCACGGCAAAGACAGUGUUUCUUGGUUCGAGUCGAUAUGUCCGAUCGACUUGAAAGGGAUGGCGGAUGGCACCAGUUCGCUUACAGUUUUCUUGAACAGCAAAGGCGGCAUAAUAGACGAUCUGAUCGUGACCAAAGUGAAGGAAGACCAAUUGUACGUAGUAUCGAACGCUGGAAGGAUGGAUGUCGACAAAGAGCACAUGCGCGAGACCUCGGAGGUGUUUAGAAAGGCAGGGAAGGAUGUGCGGGUCGAAUUUUUGAACGUCAGUCAGAGGGCUCUCAUUGCGCUGCAAGGACCUAAAGCGGCAGCGACUUUGCAGCCACUGACCGACGUCCCGCUCAACGAUUUGAUAUUUAUGACGUCCACAGUUGGACAAGUUGCGGGGGUCGAGUGCCGCGUCACCCGCUGCGGUUACACGGGCGAGGACGGCGUUGAGAUAUCAAUACCGGCGGACGAAGCUGGCGCGGUCACUGAGGCGUUGUUGCAGUGCGGCGACGUGAAACUUGCGGGCUUGGGUGCACGGGACUCGCUCCGUCUGGAGGCCGGUCUGUGCCUGUACGGUAACGACAUCAACGAGGGCGUCACGCCGAUCGAGGCGAACCUAACUUGGCUGGUUGCGAAACGUCGGCGCGGCGAAUUGAACUUCCCGGGGGCGGAAAUAAUCGUGCGACAGAUAAGGGAGGGCGUCGCAAAGAGGCGGGUGGGAAUAAGAAUGGAGAAAGGCGCCCCGGCGAGGAAAGACGCCGUGCUCACAAGCGGCGGGAGCGUAGUGGGCAAGGUGACCAGCGGAUGCCCCAGCCCGUCGUUGGGCGGGAACGUUGCCAUGGGUUAUAUUGAGGAGCAACUCAAAAAACCCGGUACCGUACUUUCCGUCAGCGUACGCGGCAAGGAGGUGCCGUGUGUCGUUUCCAAAAUGCCGUUCGUCCCGUCGAAGUAUUACGUUAAGAAA